AUGUCUUCCCCAGCCGUCUACGUCUCUGACAAUGAAGAUGACAGCCAAGGAAUCCCUGUUCCCAGAGGGGACGAAGUUUUCACCCAAAGGGGAGAUAAAUUCGGUCCGCAUUUCAGGUCUCAAUCGACCCAUGCUUCCCUUGGCGCUCUCCGUCGCCUUUGUAACAUUCCUCAGGAAAUAGAAUUCUCUCUUCCUAGACCCAACGAAUCUCCGGAAAUGGUGCGAGAGGGUUACUGUUGUGCGUACGAAGUCUAUUUCAAAGGUUGUGGUGUGUUUAUUCUAGUACCGGAAGUUCUCCUUUUGUACCUUCUCCAUUUAGGGAUUGCUUUUCCCCAAAUGGCUCCCAACUUUCUUCGAUACGUCCUGAGUACCCUGACUGUUUCGGCAGAAGCAGGGUUUUCCCUCUCCACUAGCGAACUCUUAGGGCUAUUUCGAGCCCGUGAAUCCGCAGCAGCGGGGAACCAGACGAUCCCCUGCCCAACUGUUGACUUCUUAUCUUUCUUUCGAAUCGUUUCCGAGGGUGAAACAAAUUGGAAUUCCUUCACCCUUCAACGCAUUCAUAAGGCGGGGCUCGCCAUCAAAGACGGUCAAACUCACCCCCUCGAUCCUCCUCCCAAAGAGAAAGACGUCUCGAGCCUGAAUGCUCGAGAUAAAAGAAAAAUGCAAACCGAAACCAAGGCUCUUAAAGAUCAGUUGUUCAAAAUCGGGAAAAAGAAACAGAUAGCUGCAAUCUCCAGGGUUGGUAACUUCCACAGGAAGACCCUCUUGGUUGAUGAUGGUUCAUUAGAAGCGGCCUCGUCAAUCGCGGUGGAUACUCAUGGAGCCGAGAUUCUUAACGACCCUCCAGUCGCCACCGCAAUUUGCCCUUCCGAACAAGAGCGAGAGGGAGAAGUAACUUCCUCUCCUUGUACAAAGAGGAAGGCUCCAGACUCGGAUACUCUAUCAAACGAGAGACUCAAAACCGUGAGAUUAAGUUCUCCGCCACGAGUCCCUAGCCCUUUGCAUUCUGUUUUUCCCUCUUCAGAACCUUUAGACUCUGAGCUCCCUCUUCCGGGAGACAGAGUAAUUCCAGAGGAAAUCGAUGAGCCGAGACCGGAGGCUCCCUUAUCUCAAGGACUGAGUGUUUGGACUCAAAAUCCUUUACCCGCUUCGAUUUCAGGCGGAGAAGAGAUUGGAGACAUCUUCCGAAGUUUCCAAACUAGGGAAGGGGCGUCCCUUCCUCCUUUUUCGGUUUGUAGGCCAGAAAUCCGUCAGAUGUUUGCCAAACGAGCCUGCUACCUAUCCCAGGCGUUUAUGGAGACUAAUGGAAUGAUCUUCCAUUAUGAGAACCUUCUUCACCAAGCGAAGAGAGAGACCGCAACGGCUAAGAAGGAGGUUGAUGAACUUAGAUUAGUCAAUCAGUCUGAGCGGCUUGAGCAGGCAAAAGCACUCGAGUCAUCUUUUGAGAACAUGAAGAAAACUCUAGUAGCUAAUGAGCAACGUAUCAGAAUUGCGAACGCUGAAAGAGAUUCUGCGAGGUCUAAUGCUCUUUGCUUGGAGGCUGAGCUAUAA